CUGUUCAGGUCUUACAUUAGCGCGGUAACCGGCUUCUUGGUAAAUCAAGCUCGGUAGGAUCGUGCCUCGUGCUCGGUCUGUUGCUAAAUCCUGGCGAUUCCAUCACAAGCACGAUCCCGUUUACUUUUCCCAUUCCUUCUAUUUUCCAUUUUCCUUCUUUUUUCUCCCGCCGUUGGCUCCCACCUUCGGCCAGAAUGCGCGAGAUUUCCUACUUCAACCAGGAGGCUAACCCGAACACCCCGUCUGAUGAUGUCGAGCUGCGACUAUCCCCGUCUCCGACGACCGAUCGAGGUCAGCAAUCGUCACACCCCAUGGCGACGGCGGCGGCGGCGGAGACGCUACCAAACAGCCCAGACGGCGGCGACCGGGUGGAAUGCCUUGUCCGAACACUGAGCAAACAAGCGUUAAUACGAGACCCGAGGUCUAUGUCGCCGCCGGACCCGAUACCAUCCUAUUUGGAAUUUCAGCAGCCACUGGUCAGCCAAGCGUCAGUGCCGUUACCCAUGCCGCCAUUCGUAACCGAACCCCGGAUACAUCUCAGCUCUGACCAACCAUCUGCAUUCGUAAUUGGCAAUGACACGAAGCCACCGCAACCGCAACCACAGCUGGAGCUUGAAUUGCGCCAGGACGUUAUAAGCGGCCAACCUAUGGAUUUAGCCCCUGGUGACGGCCCUAACGCGGAUUUAUUGUGCAGUAAUGUACCUCGUGGAGAAGCCGGGGGAAGGCUUCACGAUGCCAACGCCGGUUCGGAUCGCCGUAUAGAGGACCUAAUGCUAGGUAUGAUCGAGGUCGGAGCACAAUGCCAUGUGCAAGGCUCAGCGUCUUCGACUGCAGCGUCUGGGUCCAGGGGUUCUUCUGCGUAUCUAGCCCCGGUUGUAGAGCCAAACGAUGCUUUCGACUCGGAAUUAUUCGAUAGCAACAUGGAGCUCGAGGUCGAUACAAACCAUACUGGACAGGAUGAAGACGGCCCUUUACCCCAUCCACUAGGGCUACGAGACGCCGGCGCGCCAGCCGGUAUCAGAAAAUUCGGCUAUCUUAAAUUUCGGUCGUCUUUCGAGGCGGCCCAAAGAUGUGCCAAUAUGAAGAAGAACGUACCCAGGAUGCGCAGGAGACCGAAACCUCAGCGGCCGAACUCGGCCACGCCCUCUUCGCCAACCUCGACUUCAACUUCGACUUCGACGAUGCGGUAGUGUAAUGUGGAUGUAUUAUUUAUAGGGGCUGUUUUCUUAGAUUUGCUUUUCAUAUACCCAACAGCAACGGCGGAGCGUUUUAACAACCGACAGGUCAUGGUAGGGUCUAAAAUGGCAUUACACUGGCUCCUAUUGGCUUUCGGUCGGGGUAGCACCGAGCAAGUCAUCAUCUGAGGCGCUGGGGCGUUUCUUCAGCAUUUGUUUCGGC